AUGGAUACCGCUUUCAAGACCUGGGAGCUUGACAACAAUGUCCAACUCGUGGACCCCAACCGCGACGCCCUCUACACCUACGACCCGGAGGAACAAAAGGCUAUUCAGGAUGCUAAGCCCUGGAAAACCGAUCCUCACCAUUUCAAAAACGUCCGGAUCUCCGCUGUUGCCCUCUUAAAAAUGGUCAUGCACGCUCGAUCAGGUGGUUCUAUCGAAGUGAUGGGUCUGAUGCAAGGAAAGAUCGCAGGCGAUACUAUCAUUGUUACGGAUGCAUUCCGUCUACCCGUCGAGGGAACAGAGACUCGAGUCAAUGCCCAGGACGAGGCAAACGAAUACAUGGUUGAGUAUCUACAACACUGUAGAGAUCAGGGCAAAUUGGAGAAUGCGGUGGGGUGGUAUCAUAGUCAUCCAGGCUAUGGAUGUUGGUUGAGUGGUAUUGAUGUUGGAACACAAGCCACGCAACAGAUGUUUUCGGAUCCCUUCCUGGCUGUGGUUAUUGAUCCCGAUCGCACCAUCUCUGCUGGAAAAGUCGAAAUCGGGGCUUUCAGAACUUAUCCCGAAAAUUACAAGCCCACGGAUGCAGGAUCUGGUGAUGGAUAUCAAACCAUCCCCCUGGCGAAGAUUGAGGAUUUUGGUGCGCACAGCAGCAGAUACUACUCUUUAGAAGUCUCACAUUUCAAGAGUUCAUUAGAUUCACAUCUUCUGGAAUUAUUGUGGAACAAAUAUUGGGUUCAAACAUUGAGUCAAAGUCCUUUGUUUACCAACCGCGAAUACAGCAGCAAGCAGAUGCUUGAUUUGAGCUCUAAGAUUCGACAAGCCAGUUCUGGUAUUAGUCGCAAUGGAAGAACAACUGCCGGAUCAUCGUUGAGUAGGGGAAUGGAUCAACAAUUGGUGAAGGUUGUCAAGGACAGUAGCAAGAUUGCCGGGGAAGAGAUGACAGGCCUGAAGGCUGGUGAGGUCAAAGCGCAGCUUUUCAACGGGUUAGGCGCGGCGCCAAAGACUGCAGCUGAUCCUGCUGCUCCACUUGUCCCAGCUGUUCCAGCAGCGGAAUAA